AACGAUUCAAAAAUAAACGGCUCAUUACCGCGGCUAUGGGCCGCUAUGAAAUGCUACUAUUUCGACUCGCUGCGUUCGCCUCCGCCGUUCUCGAUCGUCGAAAAUAUUCUGCCUUGUCUGUUUACCCUACACCAUAAAGGAUCACUGUCUGAAAGUUGUAUUCUCAAGAUGUCUCAAUUUUCGCUUUUCGAGCAAGCCUUGGGCAGAGGACAAGCGUAUGAAGUACACAUGAAUAAAGUCGGUUCCGUUUCUUUCGACCAAGCACCAAAGGCUAUUGGAACGAAGAAUUUGAACAGCUGCUCGGCUGUUAUGAUGGUGUCUGUCAAAGGUGCUAUCCUGGGCCAUAUAUCACCGUUGCCUACUAUUACAAAUGAUCCCAGCGCCGGCGAAAACCACGUACGUGAAAUGAUGACCGAAUUUUUAGAAGUCUAUCGCAGAGAAAAAGACUUUCGCUUGGGACCUGAAAUUAAAAAAUCAGGCAUUGUAUUUGGAAUCUAUUUGGGCAAUAUCGCAUUGCCAGAUCAAAAAGAACUCAUCGAGAGUAUUCUUCUGGAAAAUGUGGAAGAUAACCCGCUGCCAAAGCUCAUUCCAUAUGAAAUUAGUGCUGGGGGCCACGGCGUUCCUCAAAGAGGGACGGUUUUCAUUGAUGGGAGAAGUACUCCUCCGAAAGUAUACGUCGAAGAUAAAGAUCAGGAAUGGUUUUGAAACCGUUUUUGAUAUAUAUCCGAACUCUAUCAGGUACUUAAAUGGGAUGAUACCUCGAGCUCCUAUUCUUGUGAGCAUGGGCCAAAACAAAACGCCACUGAUUCGCGUGAUCAAUAAGCCCAUCAAUUCCGAUUAUUAUGGAUGAGGACAUGAAACCAUUUGGGCCCAUCGCAGUCUCUACCCAGUACCCACAUAAGUCUCCUGUAGUGCCAGUGUUUUGUUCCUGAUUGCAUCCUCUACGUUUAGUUGCAGGUCCCUAGAACGACUGUAGCUUCAACGAUUCUCU